CACUUACACGGUGCCGCCGACUGCCCUGGUGACGUAGCGCGGGACAGUCGAGCCUCAGGCACUGCUCGGUUAGGCGACGGGUCAGUUCGGCGUCCAGUAUCCACGCACCUCGAUAACGAACGCGCCAGUCGGAUAAGGCCUGCCUACACAAACAAAGCGUGGACCAUGCAGCUGCACGCUUUUAUUAUUGCGCUAGUAUGCGCAAUUGCAGCGUCUGGCCUCUUUCCGGAUGAUUUUGGAAAUCACAAUCGCAGAAAACGCGCGCUGAGCGUCCCACGUGGAAUCGAAGAAAGCCCCCUUCUGCCACGGCAUGUGAUUCCGGUGGGCUACCACGUUUGGCUACAGCCUAUUCCUGAAAAGGGAUACUUUCAAGGUCGAGUUGAGGUCAACAUUUCAUGUCUCACACCAACGAACACUGUGAUUCUAAAUGCUGGAGACAACUUGAGUAUUUCAAAAGCGGACAUAUCAGUCAUUGACCCAGCGGAUAGUUUUGGAGAGUACAGGCCAAUAAAAAGAGUGUCCGUCGUGGAGGUACGACGAGGGUCACCUAAGGAAUGGUGUGAAGUAGAACUGUCUGAUGUACUGCAACAAGGUCAGCUCUAUCAGCUGACAUUGGAGUUUGCGAGUGACCUUAGGAAUGGGAGCUGUCAAGAGGCCAUGUACUUCGACAGCUAUUCUGACGAGUGCUCCGAUGAAGAGGCGGACGUGAAUACUACCGACAAGCGUGGAGAUUAUACUGAGAGGAGUAUGUUUGACAAAAAAUAUUGGCAGAAAAGCCAAGAAACACCAGAAUUCAAGAUGGCAUCUUUAGAAUCAAGAGUGUUUUUAGUUGUUGGGUCAUAG